GUUUGUUCCCAAAUUCUUUUUUGUACAUAUAUAUAUACAUAUAUAUAUAUAUAUAUAUAUUAUUUCAAUGGAGGAUCCAAAUUCAACAUUGUUGCCAUAUAUUUUGGAGACACUAAGUCGCAAGCCGGAGCUCUGUGACACUUUUGAUCAUAUUUGCAAAGACAUUGAAGAACAACUAAUUGCUGAUAAUAAUACGCGCCAUGGAAAUGUUCGGAUCGCUUUGCAGCGUGCUUUAAGUGUGGGCCAAUCGCUAGGGAUUUUAACUUUAACCAACGAAACCAUACGCAUGCCUUUCAAUUUUCGUUCAAGCAAUGUUAAAAACACCAAAAUUGUGCCAACAUCAGGGAACCUACAAGUUCAACAGCCAGCAAUAGGAACUGGAAACCCGGUGGUUCAAAAUGAUGCUGAUAAGAAUAGCAUAGUACCUUCGAAGAUGACUAAAUGUAACGUGCCAAACAAUUUUGAUGGCCGACGAGUUAACCCUGACUUGGGGUUUGCAUCGCCUCAUCGUUCCAAAAAAAUUCGAGGCCGACCAARAGGACGCAGUUGUGCCCGGAAAUCAACAGCUAAACGAAGUUACUCACGCGGAAGGUCGGGACGUGGCCGCAAACGUGCUGGUAGUGCUAAUGGAAGAAAAAUCAAUAGAAAGCGAAAUUAAACAAAAACAAGUAACGAAGGGCUAAAUUUGGUAUUUUCCUGUUUUACAUAUAUUGAAGGAUAUUAACUUGGAUUUUACUUUAUUGCUAAAAUUGUAUUGAAAACAUGUUAAAAUGAGAUAAGUGAAAUU